AUGGAGCACCUUCAAAUGAAUGAAAUCUAUGAAGCAACCAUCCGCUGCGAUGGGGCAUUUGAUUACUCAAUAUCCAAGAUUCAGAGCGGCCAACAUGCACUGCGAGAGUUUCAACAACGCCUUUGGGCCUGGGCUACCAAUGCUGGCGCUCUUGCUGAGCCUUGCCUAUCCCUGGAUGCACGCCUGCUCAGUCACGCAAAACUCAGAAACAUGAUUCUGACUCUCUUGGAUCUGAUACAAGACAACCUGCAAGCCGCCGUCGAUUUUGAUAGCAACCUGUCUUCUGAAGGGGCUUCAAGUUCUUCAGCUACUGAAGAAGUUCCAUAUUUUACUCUUUCAAUCGACAUGGAUUCUCAGGGGCUUGAGGCUGCCAUUCAACGGCUUGACUUGGUUGCUUCUUUGAUCGACCAUUCAUCUCGGAAAGGACGCCAGAGACGUCUUGAAGCACUGAACCAGAACACAGUCGCAGAUCCUAGUGUGAGUUUCAUUACAGAUGGAAUUAGUGGACAAGUCGUCAUGAAGCUCGCCAGAUCCGUGUUGUAUCGCAAGCAACGUAUUACGUAUAUGAAGUAUCGGAAACAGGCCCGUCAAGAUCCUCGUCUUCACGAGGCCAAAGUACAAAGUGAAAGACCCCACAUGUUGAAUGUGCGGUCAGCGGCAGAUGGAUCUCAGCAACAGCUAGAUCCAGACUUGCGCUUAAAGCCUUCGCUGCAGGCAAGGCAAGUACCAAGCGAAUGGUUGCGGCCAACAACAAUGGAUGGCGAGUCCUUUGCCAGAGGUCAAUUGAGCUUAUUUGGGCCCUCUUCUGAUUCUAGAAAGACUUACUCAGUCUGGACAAAGGCCAUUGUUUACCCCAAAGCACCAGAGUCCAGUUCCACGUCGGGUUCAGAGACUGUGACUGGACACGCUCCAUGCCCUUUUUGCCACAACAUGUUCCCCUAUCAACGGUAUAAGGACUCAAAGUGGUGGAGGUGA